AUGGAACAACUUUUGUCAUUGGAAACUCCUGUUGUUGUUCUGGGGUGUGUGCUCUUGUCAUGGAAAAUUGUUAGACACAUUUGGAGUUUCUUGGAUGUUGGGAAAGAACCCAUCACUGUCCUUGUCACUGGCGCUGCAGGUCAAAUAGGUUAUGCCUUGGUUCCAAUGAUAGCAAGAGGGGAAAUGUUGGGUCCUGAUCAGCCAGUGAUCAUCCACAUGCUUGACAUCGAAGCCGCAGCUGACUCUCUCAACGGCGUCAAAAUGGAGCUCAUUGACGCCGCCCUACCCCUUCUCAAAGGCGUGGUGGCCACGACGGACGUGGUGGAGGCGUGCAGUGGCGCGGAGAUUGCGGUGAUGGUAGGCGGGUUCCCUCGGAAGGAAGGUAUGGAGAGGAAGGAUGUGAUGUCCAAGAAUGUGUCUAUCUACAAGGCCCACGCCGCGGCUCUUGAGCAACACGCGGCUCCUCAUUGCAAAGUUCUGGUGGUGGCUAAUCCGGCCAACACAAACGCGUUGAUCUUGAAAGAAUUUGCUCCUUCGAUCCCGGAGAAGAACAUCACUUGCCUAACAAGACUGGACCACAACCGAGCACUGGGGCAAAUCUCGGAGAAGUUGGACGUGGACGUGGGCGACGUCAAGAAUGUGGUCAUAUGGGGGAACCACUCCUCCUCCCAAUACCCCGACGCCACCCACGCCAUAGUCAACACCAUUGCAGGGGAGAAAUCGGCAAGAGAAAUGAUUGCUGAUGACAAAUGGUUGAAAGGGGAGUUCGUGGCGAGGGUGCAGCAAAGGGGCGCGGCGAUUAUCAAAGCGAGGAAGAUGUCGAGCGCGAUGUCUGCUGCGAGCGCUGCUUGUGAUCAUAUGCGUGAUUGGCUUCUUGGAACUCCUAAGGGUGGUUGGGUGUCGAUGGGGGUAUGUUCUGAUGGAUCUUAUGGCAUACCGGCCGGCCUUGUCUAUUCUUUCCCGGUUACUUGUCACAACGGACAAUGGUCUAUCGUACAAGGUCUCAAAAUCGAUGAAUUUUCGAGGGAGAAGAUGGACAUUAGUGCAAAAGAGUUGAUGGAGGAAAAAACAUUGGCUUAUUCAUGUCUUAAUUAAGAUUACAUUUUCAACCAUUUUAUUAUAUAUCGUGUAAACUCUUCAAAUACUUAAUUAAAAUAUUAAAAUUAUAUAUA